AUGGACGGCAGUUUGCAAAGUAACGAGUCUUCCCAGCCACUGGAGAAAGUCGGCUCCGUCUUCACCCUCGGACGAAAGAUAGGAAGCGGCUCUUUCGGGAAGGUCUACUUUGCACUAAACACGCAGAACGGACAGGAGGUUGCGGUGAAACUGGAGGAUCAAAGCGGCUUGCACCAGAUGCUUCCAUAUGAAGCCAAGCUUCUGAAGCAUUUGGAGGGGGGCGAGGGCAUUGCGAACGUCUAUUUUUCCGGGAAGGAAGGUGCUUUCAACAUCAUGGUGAUGGACCUGCUUGGCCCGUCUCUCGAGGACCUCUUCAACUCUUGUCGGCGGACAUUCACCGUGAAGACGGUCUUGACGCUGGCUGAUCAGAUGAUCUCACGAGUUCAGUAUUUGCACUCAAAGGACUUUGUUCACAGAGAUUUGAAGCCGGACAACUUUCUCGUUGGAGCAGGCAAGAAGUGCAAUGUGGUUCACAUCAUUGACUUUGGCUUGGCAAAGCGAUAUCGAAACUCCAAGCGGCAGCACAUUCCCUUCAGUCAGCGGAAAAGUCUGACAGGGACUGCGCGAUAUGCGUCAGUGAAUGCCCACAAGGGAGCCGAGCAAAGCCGUCGGGAUGACAUGGAGGCCCUGGGCUACAUCUUCCUCUACUUCAGCCGGGGGCUGCUGCCUUGGAAGAUACUGGAGAAGAAGCAGAGCGUACCUUUGGAUGAGUUGUGUGAAGACUGUCCGCCAGUCCUCGCAACCUAUGUUUCAUACUGCAAGUCACUUGGCUUCGAAGAUGAGCCGGACUAUGCUUAUUUGAAAAAGCUUUUCAAGGACUUCAUGUCCAAAGAGGGUUUGCAAGACGAUGGCCAGUUUGAGUGGAGCAGCCGGAUCGGUCGGUCUGAUGCAGACCUCAAGUCAAAAGCGGACCAAGAAGGUCUCAAGGUGUCGAGCAAGCGCUCGCGACGCCACCAGCUGUCGAGUUCCACAGCAGUUGUGGCCACGGAGACUGGGCGCACGAGCCUCCGCACCGCAAGUCGUGUAACAUCCAGAAACAACCUCGGUGAUGGCAUGCCGCACGAAGUCAGCGACAUUCGCAUCCCCAAAGCGGCGCCGAAGAACGGCGGGCUGAUGUCUUCUUUAUGCGGGUGCCUCCGUGCACAAUCGGAGUAA